AUCGAGAAAUUGGUCUGGAGCAGUCACGACAUGAACAUAGUCGCUUACGACMUCUUUGGUGCUAUAUGCACAUUUGACACAAAAACCGGAAGUGUAAUCACGCAUAUCGCGCCCUACUCAGGAGCGGCUUAUACGGAUUUGGCAGUUGCGCAGGAUGUUAAUCAAUUAUUUGUCAUUGCCAAGGACGGCAGUCUGAAAGAAGUCUACGACCGAAAGGUUAAACGUGAAGUGAACUUUUAUGGAACACCAUUGAAUGCAGUAUCUAUUUCUAAGUCAAAUUUGAUUUUAUUCAUAGCAGCCGAAAAUGGCGUUAUAUUGACCGUAAUAUUACCUAUGGGAAUUCAAAUUGAAUACAAAGAAUUCAAAAUCCACAGUCAUAGCAUCAAGAAGAUGUAUUUGGGAACCGACGGCUCAGUUUUAGUUUCUUGUUCAGAAGAUUCGAAUAUAUGUAUAUGGGAAGUGAAAAACACAGCGAAUAAAACUAGGAAGAUUGAUACACCGCUUGUAUAUACUGAUGACAUAUUAGUUAACUUGUCACAGUACGAUAAAUUGCAUGAAAAUAUCAAGAAAAUUGAAACAGCGGUGAAUAAAUUAGAGAAAGAAAAUGCGAUUAAUGUAAAUACAACUAUUAAAGCAAAAGAAGAAGAAAUUAAAAAUAUAAACAAAGCAAACAUAACAGAAUAUUAUGAAACCAUAAAAAAAAAUGAAGAGGAACAAGAAGAACAAAAAAAAUUGAUAAGUAAACUCAAAGUUGAGUUAAAUCAAUUAAUUGAAACAAAUGAGCAGAGUAAAGUCAAUUUAGAAUCACACUAUAAUGCAAAAUUAGUAGAAAAAUACAAAAAAUUUUCAAUUCUUGAAAACAAGGGAUUUAUAUUAACUUCUGGAUUAAAAAAAAAUUUAGAAGCUCAGCAAGCUACAUUAGAUCAAGAGUUACAGGAGACAUCAAGUAACUACGAGAAGCAACUUAGAGAAAAAAUUGAAGAAAUAUUACUUUCGAAGGAAAAACUGAUCAAUGAAAAAAAUAUCACUAAAAUGUUGGUGGAUUAUACUGAAGAUAAUGUAGAUGAAAAUGUUUUAUGUAUAAAAAAUAAAUUUACCAAUAAGCUGAAAAAUAUGAAUGACUUAUAUUCAAAAAUUAUGAGUACCUUAGCAGAAGACAAGAUAAAAUAUCACUUGUAUGCUAUAAGUAUCGAGGAACUAAGGCAGUCAGCGGCACUCCUUGAAAAUGAUAUGGAAGAAUUAAAACUGGCGGCCGAUAAAAAAAAUAAUAGAAUUUUCGUUUUGACAAGAUUGCUGAAACAAUCAAAGGACAUUAUACCGCAAAAAGAUUCCCAAGUUCUAGCUGUUAAGCAACAAAUGUCACUAUUUGUUAAAGAUUUAAAUAUGCUUAAGGAAGAUAUUAUUGAAUUAGAACAAACCACUGAACCAUUAGAGUUAGAAAUACAAAAUAUGAAAAAUUUGAAUGAUCAAAUAGACAUUAAACUUGAAACUGAUAUUAAUGAAUUGAAGCGUUUAAAUACAUUUUUGGAUGAAUUAAUAAAAAAGAGGUAUGAUAUAAAAAUUGAAUUACAUCAAAAAAGACAAAGUUUAGAAAAGAUGACAAAUAAUAUCAAACAAAUGGAAAUUGACUUGCGUUUGGCUUCUCAGUAUUAUCAUAAUACAUCAGAAAACAAAAGAUUAUUUACUGAUUUUUUCAAUAAAAACGUAGGAGAAACCGAAAUUCGAGAAAUUGAAGAAAAAGAAAUGAAAGG